GGUCCCUCGCAAGAAACCGAACGCGGGCCCGACUGGAGCUAACGAGGGCACAAGGCAGCCAGAUGAGCCCGCCUCGCCUUCUCGCCGCCAUGGCUGCUCACCUACCACGCUCCCUCGCCCUCCUCUUCGUCUUCCUCGCCGUCCAUAUUGCCGCCGCUCAUGGCGACCCUGCCCUGCUCCCGACCACCUACGACGCUUCCAUGUGCCGGGAAUCGUCUAUGUGCGGCAACAUAUCAAUCAAAUAUCCCUUCUACCUCUCCACCACAGUCAGAGACAUACCCGGUUACAGUUACAAUACUCCCUACUCCUGCGGCUACACCGAUCUGAUGAUCUCCUGCCAGGGCGAGGGGCCGAAGGAGACGCCAGUCAUCUUUCUCGGCGAUCACAACUACACCAUCCUGAACAUCUCCUACGACAGUAACACCAUCAUCCUGGCGGACAGCGACGUGCUCGCCGGCGGCAGCUGCCCCGCUGUCCACCACGACCUCAGCUUCGACAAGCUCUGGCUGCACAACAACACCAGCUCCAACGACAACCUCACCUUCUACUUCGGUUGCUACUCAACCGGCGUUCCUGGUGUGGCGGUGCCGCCUGACCUGGUCACAUACAAGAUUAACUGCAGCCUCAUGGGUCCGUUUGGCGAGGGAGCUUCCUUCGUCUUUACACCUGACGAUCAUGUUAAAGCCCAAGAGCACGAGCUGGAUCAGGAUGGGCACUGCAGCGAGGUCGUCUCCGUGCCAGUGAGGAGCGAGUUUCUGAUGGCAAGUAACCGGUCCAUGCUGGUGAUGGGCGGAUACGCUGAGGUGCUUUGGUACGGGUUCGAGUUGGAAUGGUGAUCAUUUCAUUUGACUCGCUCCAUUCUCUUUCUGCAAUCGCCACACCACGCAUCUCCGGAUUCCCGGUUGCAUCGGUGAUUUUCAUCUCGUAGGUCGUAGCUAGUCUCCCUGUGCCCCGUCGCCACUGUGCGCGCGUCCUUCAGUUCACUGCUCCUCAUCAUUGCUGCUUGCCUCGAGAUAAUGGUGAAUGGUUGGCAGAUGACCUAGUCUAAAACUGGUUGGGUACCUGGGUUUGCCCGCAAAAUUAGUGCCCGGAUAGGUGCGAAACUGAAAACUCUGUUUCAUGUCUUCAUCAGUCGGCAACGAUGGUUUGCAGCCUUCCGCCCCCCUCCUCUGCUCCAACGGCAAGGUGGGCAACCCGGACUGCAAACCAAUUAAGUCCUCCAAAACCGAUCAUUCCAUUUCACUCGCUCCAUUUUUGCAAUCGCCACACCACGCAUCUCCAGAUUUCCGGUUGUAUUGGUGAUUUUCAUCUCGUAGCUAGCUUUCCUGUGCCCGGUGGCCAUUGUGCGCGUGUCCUUCAGUUCACUGCUCUUCAUCAUUGCUACUUGCCUCGAGAUACUAAUGGUUUUGGCCUGAUGACCUAGCCUAAAAUUGGUUGGGUACCUGGGUUUGCCUGCAAAAUGAGUGCCAGGAUAGGUAUGAAACUGAAAACUCGGUUUCAUGUCUUCAUCAGUCGACAAGGAUGGCCCCUUCUCUGCUUGUGCACCAAAUCUGUGCUCUUUUUAGGAAAAAAAUUGGUUUACAUCCUGGAACUAUCAUAAAAGUCUAAUUUUCAAUCUUCAACUACAAAAUCGAAUAACAGAGGCCAUCCAACUGUUGAAACCGGACAAAUUUAACCCUUAGGUAGUUAUCCCGAUUAUUUUUAAAUUACUAAGAUCCAAAUGAGCAAUAAUAGAUAUAUUACAUUUUUAGAAAAAUUUUGAUACUAGUUUCAUAUUUUUAUAUUUAAAAUAAAUUAGUUUUGAUUUUUUAGGUGUAGCUAGAUUUUUUUUAUUUUUUUAAAAAAAUACAAACCACCUUCAAAACCACUCAAAAAGUCAAAUUAUUUUGACAAUUGGAUGGUCUAUAUCGUUUAGUUUUGUAAUUGAAUGUUGAAAAUCAGAUUUUUUUUUCUUUUUAAUGAACGAGGUUGAUCAGGCGGCAUGCCGUGCUCCACCAUUUUGUAGAGCAGAGAACCGGACCGUCCCUGCUUUUUCAGUGCGGAAUAAGGACCAGCAUACUGAACGAACCGACACCUGGUUUGCGUCGAGCAUUUCGUAGAGCAGAGGAUCGAUUGGAGAGUUAGCAUUGCAUCAUUGGGUGGCUUUAGCAGGCAGACGAUUUUUUUUUCCUGCACGUCUGGAACACGUGAUGCAGGCUCUUUGAUGGAGCGACCGCAAAACUGAUCUAUUUUUUCCAAAAAAAAAACAAACAAAACGAAAGGAGACGGCAAAACUGGUCUAUCUAAAGACGUGUUUGCGGGGUUGAGGUCGGUAAUGAAAGUAUGCUUGCGUUUUUCUUUCCUUUGCGAGAAAGUGAAAGCAUGAUUUAUGUUCACUUUGAUAUCUUUUUCUUUCUUUUGGAGAAAAGUUCACUUUGAUUUCAGUGGUUUACAUAGCAGCGCGGACUUGGUCCCUGCUGUUUAGUGUACUGCAGUUAUGUAGUUGCUGACCACGUAGGAAUAUAUAACCCAAAUAGCUUCUAGAUUAUUUAGUAAAAAUAUAUUCUAACAAUCAGCUCCGGCGGCGGCAGCUGCCCCAGCGUUCGCCGCAACGUCAGCUUCCGCCAGGGCCGGCUGUCCCCUGAGCGAACUAGAAAUUAUAGUCCCUUGAGACUAAAUAUUUUCUCAUUUAUAAUAUGGAAAAAAUAUAGUAGUGCUAAUAAUACAUAUUAAAUUUUGAAGAAAAAUGCUGAUAGUACAGACAAAAACGUCAAAAUAAAAUUAGUCUAAAGUUUAUGAAUUGAAGAUCUAAUAUGCUAAAUAAACGACUAAUGAAAUAACUCACUAAAUUCAAGAUGAAGGGUGCGAUUGAUAUGAUGGGCAUCUACUUCAAGUACCACAGGCAAUUAGGUUAAGUGCGAGGGCAGUAGGGCACAUGCAAGCACACUGCAUUUAACAAAUGUCUGGUGGCCGGCGGCUGGAGAUCUUUUCUCUAAUUUGCUCAUUUAGUUUUAGCUAUUUGGAUUCUAUCGAUGGUGACGCCUACGAGUUUACGACACCACGAUCUCAGAAGAUAGAAGUCGCGUCUCCACUGUUUUUUCGAUGCCUUGGUCAACUUUAAAGUAAAAGAUACGAUGAUUGAAAUUCUAGAAAGCAUGCUUUAUAUAUGGGUUGUUGGGCCCCUUUUUCCUUGAGCCCCCGGCAGUCGCCUCUCCUACAUGGCCCUUGAGUCGGGCCUGACCCUCUCAAAAAAAAAAA